CAGCGUGCUUGCUGGCUUGCUUUCUCUGUUUAAAGUUUAAUUCUCUCUCUCCCAUCUCGUGCUGGCAUACUCACGGCAGCCGCGGCAGUGGAGGCAGUUGGUUGGCACAUAUAUACGUUGGUAAACCCGAAUCCUCGCUUAUUUCCGCGAGCUCCUCUAACCUGGACGGAUCGGGUAGCUUUCUCUCAUUCACAGUAUUAUUAUUAUUAUUAUUGCUUUCACCACCACGGUGAAAUCAGUCUGCUCUUGUUGUCACUGUGUUGUUGAGGAGGUAAUAAAGUGAGGGGAGAUUCUUUUAUUUAGGUUUGGUAGGAUUUUGUCUUUGAGAAAGAAGCAAAGUUUCCGGAAAUAUUUACCAGUUAUUUAUUAGUAUCUACAUACGAAGGAGAAGUACAGAUUCAGGUGUUGAGCCGAAGAUACAUAUACCAUUCUUGAGAAUAGAAUGUUCACGAGGAAGCCGUUGUUUGCGUAGCAUGUGUCAUCUUAUCGGGAGUAGUAUUCAGUCUGAAUGGAAGUAGAAACGUUUAUUUUCAACAAAAACUUUGCCAAAUACGUUUCGUCAUAAGUUACAACCAAACCAAACAAACAGCACGUUUAAAGAUUAUUAACAAACGUGUUCCUGCCUAGAAUACUAUAUCCGGUCCGGCAUCAGUCUACUCCACGUGAGGGAAGGAAUAUCAUUCCUUUCGGACAGUUGUAUCCACGUGACGUCUUAAUUCUUGUUUGCAUCUCAUCUCUUCGCUGGUCGAGGAGUGGAGGCAAGCAACCGAGUAAAUUGAGCCCUUUUAAGUAUCCUUGACCAGGAUUACAGACGUCAAAACGACCCUCCCAAAGCUCUCCCCUCCGACCCCACCCUCCACCAUUCUUUCCAUAAAAAGAAUGCCGGAACAGAGCAACGACUACAGGGUGGUGGUCUUUGGCGCUGGGGGUGUUGGGAAGUCAUCUCUCGUCCUCCGCUUCGUCAAAGGCACCUUCCGAGACGCCUACAUCCCCACCAUCGAGGACACUUACAGACAGGUGAUAAGCUGCAACAAGAACGUGUGCACACUCCAAAUAACAGAUACGACGGGUUCACAUCAGUUCCCUGCAAUGCAGAGGCUUUCCAUAACUAAAGGCCAUGCCUUCAUCCUCGUCUACUCCGUCACAUCGCGUCAGAGCCUCGAAGAGCUGAAGCCCAUUUGGGAGAUGAUUCUGUCCAUCAAGGGAGAGUUGAAGGAUGUGCCCAUUAUUCUAGUCGGAAACAAGUGUGACGAGAACGAGAAUCGAGAACUGACACAGCAAGACGGUGAAGCCCAGGCGCGUCGUUGGGUUUGCAACUUUAUCGAAACAUCCGCAAAAACCAACCACAACGUAAGCGAGCUCUUCCAAGAAUUGUUAACUCUCGAGAAGAAUAGGAACAUGAGUUUACAACUGGAUUCGAAAGGAUCGUCGCGAUCAUCCACCAAAAAAGUCAAGGAGAAAUGUGUCGUGGUGUGAUUUUGUCGCCGGUUAUCCAACCCCUUCAUCGACACCACGACCACGGUUGCGACAAACACCACCAUUUUAAUAUCUGUCCUAAGUACGGCUACCUAAACAAGCGGCGGCCUAUCUUUUGGCACGGCGUGGCGUGGUUUGGUUGGUUAAUUGGUCAUUUAAAACUAGAUAAUAGCGGAAUUAGUUAGAAACCAUAAAACUUUUUUAAUUACCCGGCCCCAGUGUUCUCUUGCUGUUUGUUACGUAAUUCAGAAUCUAAUUGUGUCAACGUUUCGUAAUCGCUGACAGACUUUCGUAAUUUAGACUUAACCCGUAAACAUUACUCCAGUAUAAUGUCGUCCGAUAUUUUACAUCUUCUUAAUUACACACAGAUAGCCUGGAGAAAGUAGAAAUAUUUGCUAAUUUUUGUCAACCAUUAUUAUUAAGUCCAUACAUAUUACUCAAUUUACUAAAUAUAUACUCUUGAAAUGAAAUGUUCAACCUAAACCUAUUAAGCAGAAAUGUUGUUAAAGUUUGCUAGAAGUAGAAUGUUUAUCGACAUAAAAGUUAUUAGAGUAGGUAGGAUUGCAAUUAAGUUGAAAAUUAUUUUUAAAUUUUAUACCCACGUUUUAAUCUCUCUGUUGUGCAAUCAAGUUUUAAUUUAAGUAUGUAUACAUAGAACUUAAUGGAAAAUUUGGUUGUGUACGUAAUAAUCAGUUGCAUCAGUAAUUACUAAUUCUAAGUAUUGCUUAUUUAUUUACGUAUGUAUUUAUUUAUUAGAGUCGAAGAAAGUCUAAUCUAACGAACCGAACAAUGAGUCGCAAAUCGUGUUCGUUAAGAUUUAAAUGAAGAAAUGAAGUCAGUGAGAAAUGUUGCAACGACUUGUACAAUUUAACUUAAUUACGAUUAAUUAAGGUUAAAAAUUAUCGAUAAAAGUUUCAUGUUGAUGUUAUUGCGCAAUUUUAUCCUCGUCUUAUCCUACUGCUGUGACAAACUCUACUACAUACAUCUUAAGAAAUACCCGACAUAAAAAAUAUAUCAAAACAGUGAAUCUGAAUUAAUGAUAAGCAAAUAUCUCGUAAACGUGCUACCUACUUAAUUAAUAUCAGAGACAGAAAAAAAUUGAGCGUACCUUGCAGUAGGAAUCUCAAGAAAAAUGAAAUAUUAAAUCAUCAGCAACUUAUUUCCUGAGAAUACAUUUCAAAGCAUUUUCACUAUUAUUUAAACUUUUAGAAAUUCAAUCAAAGACAUUCAUCAGAGAAUUUAAUGAAAGAAAAAAUAAUAAUUUUGUCAAAACCUAACAAAUCAAAAAUUGAAAAAGCUGUUGUAACUUUAAGAAGAAAUAAUUGAUAAGCGUUCAAAAAUCAUGAACCAAAAAUAUAUACAACGAGUUACCUGAUUUACAUUUCAACUAAUAAGGAGCAAAAACAUUCCAAGUUUUUUUCCAAUUAUUAUUACAGCAUUCUGGAAUUUCGCUUCAAAUUUACAAUUAAUUAGCAAAAGCACGCAAAACUGCACAAAUUCAACCCUUAAAGUCUCCUCUGCAAUGUAAUUGCGAACAAAUUCAACUCAUUUUCUGCAUGCUUCAAUACUUUUGAUGCCAUUGAAUUCUAUCCCAUUUGCUGCAAAAUACUGAUAAUUAUUGCGACUGCACUAAUUCUACAACAAAUACAUAGUUAGCAUGAACACAUUUAUUAAUCUUGUCACACUUUUUCAUUUAAUGUAAUAAAAAGUACAUCAGACUAAUAAGUAAACACAAAACGUGAAACGAAACGAAAAGAUGAGACGCAAAACAUUCUCGUAUAAAUAUUCUUCUUAAUGAAACGAGAUGAAAAAUGGGAUAAGAUAAGAAGAAAAAGAGAAAGUAAAAGUAUAAGAACUUUUUGGUCAAGUAUAAAUUAAUUGUUCCAAUUAAAAAUAAUGUUUCAUACUUUUAAGCAGUUAAAAACAUCAUCAAUUCAUCACAAAAUAAAUCCAAUACAAAACAACCGCAUACAUACACUUCACAUGUAACUAAUUGUAUUGUAUUGAAUGGAAUCUAAUAUGCAAUAAAUUUUGUUGGCUAAUAAAGCA